UUCUCUCUCACACCCGUCAGUCUCGUACCGCACGUCCAACGCGUUGGGCUGUCGCUCGUCGUUUUCAUAUUUUUAUUUUUAUAUUUAUAUAUAAAUUCAAAUUAUUUUAUUUAUUUUUGUAACCGAUCGUGUGUGUGUUUGUGUGUGCGUGUGUAAUUCGUGUGCCCGUUCUGGCCGUAGUGGUUUUAUCAUUUUCGCUUGUUAUUUAUAUUAUAUUAUAUAUUAUUAUUAUGCGAUACUGUUGUUGUCGGAGCGAAGUCGACCGUUUCGUAUGAAUUAUUGUUAUUAUUGUUAUCGCUGUUGUUGGAAUACACUACGCGUACACGUUCGCAGGGGAAAACCGUAUCGACGUUCAGAUAAUAUUAUAUGUCGCUUAUAAGUCGAUUCAGCUGCGGCCGGUGCAACACGUGGUGCGCGUCCUACUACUGUCCGUCGUCGCGUUGUUGUCGUUUGCGCGCCGCGAUGGUGUCCACCGCGUUUGCCGCACGCCGCCGUUGACCGGCCGACGUCAACAGCAAAAACGACGACGACGACGCCGGUGUCCGGGCAACGGUCGGCCCGACACGGAUGCGUCCGGGAAACGUGGUGUUGGUGCGCACGCCGCGAUCACAUAUCAACCCGCCGCGCGCGCGUCACGCCGGCCGGCGGACCCGCGCACUGUUCGGUUCGGCGGAUCGGCGGAAGUAGUGGCCACCAAAUGCGAGGCGGCGUUCACGUGUUUUAUGUUCAUGUUCAGGAGGAGGCGGACGGCAUUAGCUAAACGACUGUGGAAAGCGCGGGUGCGCACCCGGGACAAUGAAACCCGGUGUGCGGAAAAAACAUUGGGCUCGCCGUCGGCCGUGUCGUCCGGGCCAGACGCCGACGAACGGCAGUUCCGCAACGCGCUGUUCAAGCGGCUCGACGACCGGCAGCUGGAGACGCUGCUGAGAGCCGUGGACACGGCGGGUGCGGACGCCGCCGAUUGCGUGCCCGUCCGGUCGUUCCUGUUCGCCGACCCGGCCGUCAUCUGUUGCCGGCUGUGGCGCUGGCCCGACCUCAAGUCCGCCGAACAACUCAAGGCUACGCCCGCCUGUCAGCAACAGCACACUGCCGCCGGCCAACCCGACCUGGUGUGCUGUAACCCAUACCACUGGAGCAAACGAUGCGAAAUCGAACGACCUCCGCCGCCUUAUUCAAGGUUCGUGAAGGAAAAACUCAAACCCGAAGAUCGAGCACCCAGCGAGUGUAGCUGGGACAGCAACGACGACGAACUCCGCGGUUCGUUCAGCACCGACGGCGACGAAAGACCAAACGAAAAGGAAUGGUGCAAGGUGGCGUACUGGGAACUGUCGCAGAGGGUCGGCCGGCUGUUCCCGGUGGACACCAAGUCGGUAAACGUGUUCUGGAACGUUCCUCUCGGCACCGGCUUGUCGCUGGCCGCUCUCACCCAACACAAUUUUUCGCCAACCCAACAAACUCCCGAAUCGGUGCUCCGCAACCGGACCAAAAUCGGACAAGGUCUCGCCCUGAGCAGAGAGGACGACGGCGUGUGGGCGUACAACCUGAGCGACUGGCCGAUGUUUGUCAAUUCGCCGACGCUGGACGACCCGGACAGCAAGUCGUACCUGGUGUUCCGGGUUCCUUCCGGCCACUGUCUGAACAUAUUCACGGGUAAUCCACACGGCGACCGGAUACGGUACUCGAACGGGCUGAGGGUGGGACCCGUCGACCCGAACGCCGUGCGGAUCAGCUUUGCCAAAGGAUGGGGACCCAAGUAUUCCCGACAGGAGAUCACGUCCUGUCCCACUUGGAUCGAAGUGCUUCUCGAUCCGUGCAGAUGACACAGGGUGACCGCAGACGACAAACGCGCGAGUCUGUGAUGGACGAGGUGGAGCAGGCGGCGUAUGUCCACGUCGAACCCUCCCCUCGCCUCCAGCUCCCCCCACCCUCCCCCGCGAGACCAUACUCUCGAAAAACUAAUAAUAAUAAUUGAAUGAAAGGAAAAAAAAGUACUUUUAGUUUGUUAAGAUUAAUAUUUAUAAUAAUUUGAAAAUUGUAAUUAUUAAAUGAUCGAAUACGCGACUCAAACCAAAUUGUGUUAAUAAUAAUAAUUGAUUAAUAUUAGUAGUAUUAAUAAUAAAAUAAUAAUAAUAAUAAUAAUAUUUAUGUUUGAGAUAACGUUAAAAAAAACGCGCGUUUGGGGUUCGUGUUUGUUGUUGAUCUUGUGUGUACAAUUUUUUUUUUUUUUUUUAUUAUUGUCGACUAAGACCUCCGAACAAACGAAAUCAUUGUGUUUUUUUUUUUCAUUUUUGUAAAAACAACAAAAAGGAUACCAUUGUGAUAUUAGUUCAACGUCCUUUAACGACUGCUCUUUUUGUCAAGGGUACGAUGCUAUUUCAACACUUAAGGGAAACUUGAGCUUAAUUGACAUCCACAUUCCAUGAACCAAUAUAUAUAUAUAUAUAUAUAUAUAUAUAUAUAUAUAUUUUGACAAAAUAUAACCUUUUUCCCUCUAAACUUGUUUUUACAGAUAGUUCCUGCUCCCAUAAUUAAAUGUAAACUAGGAUUUUGUAAUUUUUUUUUUGUGAUCUAGUCAGGUUAUUUAAAAUUGACUGUUGAUCAAAAUUGGUUUAGGAAUUUUAAUAAUAGAAUAGCGAAUAACUGAAUGAAUGUAAUUUAAAUUAAUGAUGUUUUUGGCAUUUUUUUUUUCGACGAGUAUGAAUAAUGUUAGAUUUUAAGUGAAAUAAAUGUGCCUUGUACCUUUUACACGAAAAGCAUUAUUUUUUUAGAUGUUACCAAUUAUAAUUAUUCAUUUUCUUAUUGUAAUAUAUAUUUAAAAACGACUAUUUUCUUAUAAAAAAAAAAAAAAAACUAAA